AUGGAACCUGUCUUUCAUCGCCCUGGAACAAUAGUCGGUCAACCCUUCCAAUACCAGGAUGGCCAGCAAAACGACGUCACCCACGGCGCACUCUCGGCAGUGCUGGAGCCUGGAGUUGAGCCGCCGAAGUUGGCGUCCGUACCAGUAGAAGGGGGUCCGGGAACGUGCCUGACUGGAAGCGAUCGCCUUGACCCUGUCAAAUUGUUGGCAGAGCGGUCCCACGACGUCGCUGAUUGGGAAGCCAAGGCUUUAAAAGUAGACCCCGCGCUGACUGCCCACCACUUUUCCCCCUUGGAACCUUGUCUUUUGCUCCCCUGGAUCGUCAGGGCAGUGGGCCUCCUUGGGACUGCAUUAACGUAUUUCUUGACGGCCCAAAUUAUUUAUGCCGGGCUCAGGGAGCCUGCAAGGAGCCUGGUCGCUGCUGAGGAUCCCUUGGCUUGUGAUUUUGCAUUUAUCAAUCUGUUCGUUCCCGGCCAGUCCGCCUCACUGUUUCAAAACGAGUAG